AUGGCCUGCUGCAACUCCUGCUCUACCAGCUUCUGUGGCUUCCCCAGCUUCUCCAUUGAGGGGAACUGCGGAUCUAGCUGUUGCCAAGACAGCUGUGGGUCCAGCUGCUGCCAACAGGGAGGCUAUGGGCUUGGCUAUGGGUCUGGCUAUGGGUCUGGCUAUGGGCUGGGCUCUGGCUCUGGGAUCGGCUGUGGCUCCAGCUGUGAGACCACCUGCAGGACCAGGUGUUAUGUUCCCGAGUGCUGUGGAGGCGUGAGCUGCCGCACCAGAUGGUGCCGCCCAGACUGCAGGGUUGAGGGUACUUGCCUGCCACCUUGCUGUGUGGUCAGCUGCACUCCUCCAUCUUGCUGCCAGCUCCACCAUGCCCAGGCCUCUUGCUGCCGCCCAUCCUACUGUGGCCAGUCUUGCUGCCGUCCAGCCUGCUGCUGCUACUGCUGUGAGCCCACCUGCUAA